GAUGGCGGACGAAGUUGAAAAUAUUUCUGUUGUUGUUCAAUCUCGAGGUUUUAGCUGUUGYGGGACUAUCCUUGAUAGUGAGGCAGGUAUUAUUAUUACUGUAGGGUCUAUCGUCAAAGGUUUAUGGCAUCAAAAUGAAGAAAAUGYAGGACUGCCAAGAAAAGAUAUCUCCAUCCCCAUACAAGUACAACAASGAGAUGUCCCGGUUGAAGUAAUACUGAGAAGAAAUCCUCUGAAACAUACCUCAUCAAACGAUUUCAUAACUCUUGAUGGCAAGAUCGUAGCCUUGUGGAGGGAUCAAAAGCUAGAGGAAACAUGUAAAAGUAUGUUUCCAAGAAUGGAGUGGACRUUUGAAGAUGACACAAGUACAAAGUGUGCAGGAGAAAGGAAUGACGAAUUCUACCAAGGGGGGCGUGACUCUCCUCUCUCCUUGGCAGAUUUUGCUCUUAUUGAGGUUAAAAACCUAUCUUCUUAUYUUUCUUCAAAGUCAUCUUUAAAUAUUAAAGAAAGUGUAGCAGUUGGCCAAACUGUGACYAUUGUUGGAACUCCAUUUGGCUCCGAGUGCUGGUCCAUAUUUUAUAAUAGUGUUAGUCAAGGCAUCGUAUCAAAUAUYAUAGGUUCAAACACUGAGAUGAUCUUGACUGAUGCACGUUGUGUCCCAGGUUGUGAAGGAUGUCCAGUUUUCUUGGAUUCUGUGCCAGGAAAUGARAGUAGCAUUUAUGGCAUUGUCAUUGCACCCUUUUGUUGGAGAAGUGGUGAAUGGAUUGGAUURACAUUGGUAUGCUCUAUUAAACACAUACUGAAGACUCUUCUGGACACAGACAUUUUAACAAAAUCAAUACCUUUAAAAAARUCAAUGGAACUUGGUUUUAAAAUUAAAGAAAAGUCUGUUGCAGCAAGUCCUGAUAAUUCUUCGUGUAGACACCAGAAUAAUAAUGACUAUCAAGUAACAAUUCAUACUCUCCAAAACAGAAACCACCAAUGUCACACUACUGAUGUUGUGAACAAAUCACUGUCUUCUGUUGUACUGAUAAAAUGUGGAAAUACCUGGGGAUCUGGAAUUGUAAUUGAUUCAGACAAUGGUUUAGUGAUCACUUGUAGACACAUCCUGACUGAGGGUGGACUCCUCAAGAGCAAUAACACAUCUCCAAGCACCUCUUCAUAUUACAGCAACAGGGAAGUGUCUCUUAUCAUUCAUGAAGUUCUAUCUCAUUCAGUUUGUGAUCAUGUUGAAAUUGUAUAUGUGACAUCCGAGGACUGUGCACUUGAUUUUGCUUUGCUCAAGGUGAAAGAGCACAAUUUUAAGGUAUCAAUCAAGCUUAGGGAUGGUUAUCCAUACAGAAAUGUGUUUAGGAAAGGAGAAGAUGUACUUGCAAUAGGGUAUUCCUUAUUUGGAAGUGUUGUGAGCAAUGGACCUUGUGUUACUGCAGGAACUCUUUCAAAUGUUACAUACAUCAGUGGAAUGCCAGCCAUGCUUCAGUCCAGUGCYGCUGUUCACUGUGGGGGUAGUGGUGGGGCCAUCAUCUCUAGAAACACAGGACAAUUAUUGGGAAUGGUUACAUGCAAUACUAGRGAUGCUAAUUCCUCUUCAUCUUUUCCUCACAUCAAUUUUAGCAUUCCAUCUAAUUUAAUCCUAAGACUAACURCCCUUUCCCUGUCAGAUGCAAGCAACAGGGGGUUAUAUUUGAUGGAUUUAGUAUCUAUCGUUGAAAAUGCAUGGCACCUAAAUAGCAAUAGAAACUCUAAGAGUAAAUUGUAGAGAGGUUUUCCAUCUGAGACAUAACUGGAGUAUAAGGGUGUGAGUAAAARAGAACUCGAAAUAAAACAAUAAGCAUCAUGAA